ACAAGUUCAAUCACCUUUUAUUGAAUAUUUAUUCGGCAAAUUCGCAAGCAUGACAAACAUAUAGACCAAUUCUGAUAAUUUUUUUAACAUUAAAUUUAAUUUAUUAGGUCGUUAUAAGUGUAUACAUUUAAACCAUAAAACGCAACAACGAACACCUUUCCCAAAAUUACCAUUUGCCCAGUUAACUCGAUUGCUAAAUUUGCAGGGGGGAUGCUAAUAUAUUAAGUAAUAUCGAAUUGCUGUAUUCUAAGUUGUGUCCGUUGAAUCAAACCGACAAUGAACGUACUAACGAUUAUCCCACUCUUAGUUGCUGUAGUCCAUUCGCGACCCGAACCACCAUCACCUAGCUACCUGCCGGUUUCAGAUCAGAGUGCACCCACGGCUUGGGAAAACGGGGUUUAUGGGUACGGAGGUGGAUACCAAGCGUCCCAAGGUGAAAAGCACGUAUACUUCUUCGCGUCCGGCGAACAGCCCGAGUACUCGCGUUUCCGGAUUUACGUGGAACCAAGCUCCCGAAAGAACACCAAAAUCAUCUUCGUUAAGGCACCAUCGCACGGAGGAGUUAUUCCCGAGGUGAUCGCCCCGCCGUCGCUGGCCGAAGAUAAGACCUUGGUUUACGUGCUGGUGAAGAAACCCGAAGACGGCUCUGUUACAAUUCCGGCAGGAGUAGGCGUCAAGCAGACCAAACCGGAAGUGUUCUUUAUAAAAUACAACAAUAAACACGACGCUAAAGCUCAAGUUAACUUGGGCGUUGAAGGUCAACGCGUUGGAGUAAAGGUGCCAGAUCUCGCAAAUGAAAAUGUGUUUAUUAGCACGUUAGGAUCUGGUGCUGAACAUAGUUCCGAAGUAGGUGGCGGUUAUCAAUCGUUUGUAAGCCAUAGCCAAAAUGGCAAUGAUGGAAUUUCUGCACAAGGAGGGGUGAGCGGUGGUAAUGAUAAACAUGGACCCACUGGUGCCAGUGGACCGUAUUAG